AUGGCUUCCGAUGAUGUGCUCAGGUGCCCCGAGCUCAGCAACACGCUUGCCCCGCCCGAGGGCCUUCAUACAGGCCACGUGGAGGGAGAAACUGCCGAGCCACUUCAAGCUGGCAAUGUCCGAUGGCUUUGCAUCGCAGGAGACGGUGCCACGACGCGAUUGAAGCGGGAUGCUGUGGUCCUCGCUUCCUGGAGCAUGUUGGUGCUAGGCUCCGCGCACUGGUCCUUGCUGCCGCCCGGUUCGGUCCUGGCAUCAGACGAUGGAAGCAUCUGGGGCAAUGUGGCAUCGGAGGCGUGUUUGCGCUUCUCCUGCUACUCGCUCAUACUGCUACUCCCACUCCCACUCGCACUGCAGGACUCCCACCAUGACGACAAGGACGACGAAGAUCACGAGCAAGCUGACGUAAACUAUCAGUACAAGAUCCGGUACUUCGGCAUCAACGGCCUGUACUGUGCAUACAACGCUGCCAUGUAUCGAUCCGGGAAGAAGACCAUCGGGACGAUGGCAGGAUAUCAUGGACACGACCAGACACCCCUUAUGGCGGCAGUGAUGACAGGGCAAUACGAGGGCGCUGCAGCGCUCCUAGCUGCCGGGGCUCUCUUGGACCUUCGCAACUAUCGCAACUGGACAGCCGCAGACUUCUCGCGGGGACAUUCGCUGCCGCGGUUUCUGUUGGAGGCACUUGAAGGGCAGACGACCGAGGCGGAGCGAAUUACGGCAGAUGCCGUGGCUAGCAGCUUCUUUCAAAUCUAA